GUGAAUAAGCGGAACAGUAUGGCUUCUGGACAGGUUGAACCAUUCUCUAUUUUCACCACGCCACAGAAAAGAUGGAUAUCCUAUGUUGCUGCCUUCGGCGCCAUGUUUUCAACACUCAAUAGCUACAUAUAUUUUCCUGCCCUAGUUCCAAUGGCUACUGAUCUACGAGUAUCAGUUACCAUGAUAAAUCUGACGGUUACUUGUUACCUGGUCAUAGCAGGUUUAGCACCUGCUUUCAUGGGCGAUUUCGCAGAUCGCGAAGGGAGACGUCCUGCAUAUCUUGUCAUGGUUGUUCUGAGCAUUGGUUCAAACGUUGGGUUGGCUCUUCAAACCUCUUAUCCCGCGCUUUUCGCGCUACGAAUGAUCCAGGCAGCUGGCACAUCUGGAGCAUUUAGCGCAGCGAGUGGUGUUGUCUCGGAUAUCGCUCCUCCUCACGAAAGGGGAACAUAUUCUGGAACAAUCAUACUCUUGUUCGUUUCAAGUCCCAACAGUGCAACCACUAGCACCAAUACCGCUCCCAGUUUUGGCCCUGUGAUAGGGGGUGUUCUUGCGUAUAAGAUAGGUUGGAACUGGAUCUUUUGGUUCUUGACCAUACUCACCUGUGCCCAUGGUAUUAUCUUAAUACUCUUCUUUCCAGAAACACAAAGAAAGUUGGUAGGCAACGGAAGCAAGCCAGUGAAAGGAAUUCUAUACUGGAAUAUCUUCUCGUGGAUUUUUCGCCACGAACCAAUGGAGAGACUUAAUACGCAACCACAGCCCCGAAAGCACCGCAUCCCCAACCCUCUAGCAUCGCUGCCGGUGCUUCUAAACAAGGGUAAUUUUUGCGUGAUUCUCUUUGCAUCAAUUUCAUAUGCCAUUAGAAUGGUGUUGCAGGCUUCACUUGGCGCACAAUGUAUUACUCUAUACAGCCUAAACUACCUCCAAGGAGGUCUCAUCUAUCUUCCAGCGGGAAUCAGCGGUGCUAUCGGAGCAAAACUCGGAGGGAUUUACGUUGAUCGUCAAUAUGUUCGCACAUAUAAGAAACUCAAUUGCACUUUCGGGGACGGGGAGCGAGAUAUAGACUUCCCCAUCGAGAAGUCCAGGCUCCGUGGAGCUCAUGUCAUCACCAUCAUAACGGCCCUUGGCACGAUCGGCUACGGAUUGGCACUGCACUUCCACUCGCAUAUUUCCAUCAUGUUGGUUAUUCAAUUCAUUACAAGCUUCACCAGCUCUAUUAUUUUCGCGAUGACCGGCACUCUCUUGACUGACUUGAACCCUGAUAAAGCUGCUACGGCGAGCGCAGCCUCGAACUUUAUCAGAUGUUUGCUUGCAGGAGGAUGCAUCGCCGCGCUAGAGCCUUUAACAAAUCAGGUUGGACUUGGUUGGUGUUUUGGUAUAUUUGGCUUGCUCCAGGUUCUAGCAAUUCCGUUUAUAGCUCUCCUCGAGUUAAAGGCGGUAACAUGGAGAAAGGAG